CAGACGACCGAAUUGCCUUUUCUGCGUUUGCACGCGUCGAUGGGAUAGGCGUUGACCGGAUGCGUUCGAUCCUCCUCUCUUCUUCCUCCUUGCUUCUACGACCUUCUUCUUCUUCCAUCCUCUUUAUUUACCUUUCUAUCCUUCCUCUUCGAAUCGUUGCUUUAUAAGCUACUUAUUAUACUACUUAUAAGAGAAUACGCUUACGCGAUGCAACUCGUUAAUUUAAAAAUAGUUUAAUUAGGUUAACACACACACACACGCACACAGUUCGAUCGAAGACGCGUCGCGUUAAGGAGAAGGGAGAAGAGAACGAUUUGAAAAAAAAAUUGGCGUGCAUACUUCGUAGAACAGGCAUAAACGAUGGUUCUAUAACGGCGAGAACUCGUUAUUACCUUUUCAAGUGCUUUACAAACUUAAAAAUCGUCUUGGUGCUCGCUCGCAAUUUCUGCGGUAAAAUUGCGCAUACUGUUCGGAGCUGAGAAGAUUGUUACGUUCUUGUACCGUCGUCGUACUACGUUUUUCUUCCGAUACAAACAUCAACGGAUCGCGUAAUUACCCCUUGAAAUCUUGCCCCUAUUCCGUCCCGCGAGUAAUCUUUUCGGUUCUCUGCAGUAUCGUACGUGAUACGUUGUCUAGUUAAUCGUUAACUGUUAACUAUUCCAGACAACCGUUCCAAAGGACCGUACGUUGGGACGGAUAUCCAUGGAAUAGACAAAAGUAGUUGUAUUAUCGAUCUGGCAGCAACUUAGUAUCGUUACGAUGAUAUAUCGUGUAUUACCAGUAUUUAUAUACAUACGUAUGGCAUGUAUGCGUAUGUGCUACUAGUCGGACAACGGAUUAAUAGCUUAGCGCGUUAACGCUUCUAUCGUUGCGUUAUUAUCGGUUAAGAUUUUUUCUUUACGAUUAUUAUUCCUUUUUCCGAUACCGUCCUCUUCUUUCUUCUUAGUUUUCUUUUUCCUUUCAGCUACUCGUAAGACACGCGCGCGUACUUGUUAACGAUUGAAAGGAACGACCGAUGACAAACUUGUCGUGUUAUUCGCGUUUGCCGAACAUAAUGUAUCCUCGCUUAGAGAUCCGAUAGCGUAGAACUGUUGCUCGAAAAGAGAACGAGACACCGAUAAUUAUUAUACAAACGUUAUAGCUAACUACAACAUUUUUCUGAAAUGUUUUUUCACUUUUUCUACUGCCCAAAACGCGAGCAGUUGAACAAAAUAUAUUGUUCCUAUUAACGAUUCCGAUGGCUGGAUUAAAAUUACAGCUUUGCUGUGGAGUAGCUAGGCCUAGAAAAGUGUUCGCACGAUAAAUUUAUUGCUUCCGAUUCGUUCCAGUCGAAUAGGUACGUUUAACGUAUACCGUAAAGAAAAUUCUUUCGAUAAUUAUUCUAUACGAAUACUGCCACCAGCGGUCAUAUAAAAAACGCGAGCAGUAAAUGAACGAAAAGUAAACGGUAUGCUCGGAAUAUUCGUACCUUCGAUCGGAUGCGAAUAGAGAUCGAUUACGUUCGAAAAUAUCUCAAAAUAGUUAUACGAAUAGAUAAUGUGUUACUUUGACUGAAUUUUUAAACAAAUAUCAAGGCGAUCUCGGCUUCGAGUGUUGUUGUUGUUGUUCUUACUGCAUCGACAUAAUAGAACGUUCUUCGAAUAAAAAGCAUUUUCUUCUUCGUUUUCUCUCCAACUAAUAAAAUCAACUUGACGAUUCAAAUACAUGCGCACUCGAUCCUCGCACAGCUUUUACCACCGCCGAUAACAGCGAGAAGAAAGAUUUCAAAUUUCGUGCCUACUAUUUCUACCGGUGGAUGGGAAAAGAGGGCGCUCGGCAGAUAUGUUUCGCUACAAAAAUCGUUGUCGAUGGUUUUACAGCUCGUACGAUGAUGCUGCCCUCUGAAGUUAGUCGGUUUUAAGUUUUCAAGAUUGAAUGCUUACAUCGACAUUCUAUGUACCAAGGGGAAUACCCACGAUACGCAACUGAUAAGUAAGGGAUCGAAAAGAUUUUUGUCGUUUACAGUUAACCAUUAUUCGACCGUUUGUUAAUUGAAAUACUCUUGACUAUGAAUAAUACAAAGAAAUGGAACGAUAUAUUGGAGGAAUUGCUGCAAUGUUGUGUCUGUUUAGACAUACCUGAUUCGAUGGUGUUACAAUGUUCCAAUGGACAUUUGAUUUGUGAUUCUUGUAGGAGAAGACUGGAACUGUGUCCGAUAUGCAGUCAGCAAUUCAUUCAAACGAAAUGUCUGCUUGCCGAGGAUAUAAUUUCUAGAAUGGAAGAUAUAAAGAUGAGUAUAGCCGAAGAAAUCGUGGAGAAAUUGCAGCAACGAGAACAGCAGUCCGUUUUUACUCAAACAACUUUCGUGACCGAUGCAAAAUGUACGGCCACGCAAACCGACGAUAACACUGUUCAGGAUAGGAAAGUACAGAAAAAGCAAUUAUACCAGUGUCAAAUCGGUCGUUGCAAUUUCAAGACCUUUUACAAAGUACUGCUUCAACAUUUAACGGAACGGCACAGGAAUGUAUUUUACAAUAUUUAUCAGGAAGGCGAAGUGAUCAGCGAAAACUUCGUAUUAGACAUUGACAAAUUGCCGAGAUAUUAUGACUUGGCACUUAUUGUGAAUAACAUGAAUUUAUUUUUUCUUAAAAUUAAAAUCCAUAAUAACGGACAAUUGGUAGCUAAUCUACAAGUUGUAGAUAAAAAUGUUGAAACCACGCUAUUUCAGUAUCGGUUUUUAAUUACCGAUGGAUCGUGCUAUUUACGUCGUCGAGGGAUGGUGACAUCCUGCCUCGUACAAAAAGAAACGGCUCAUCAACAUAGCGUUCGCAUGGACGAAAAAGAAAUGUUGACGUUGAUGCGUGCAAAGUCGAUCGAAUGUACCAUAAUUAUAAAAAAAUGUGUACACCCCAUGAAAAUAAUCGAUGCGACAUCGAACGAAUAGAUUAAUCAUGACGCAAGUUUUAUUUGGACUCGUAACAUAUAUGUAUUUUUCAUUAAUUAAAUAUAAUUUUUCGUUUCGUCGUUGAAAA